AUGAAAACUGAGACAUUCUCCUUUUCAUCUUUUCUAUCUCUGCAGAUUUACGGUUUGCAGGUGCAUUCUGAGCCAAUCUGUCAUCAGACAGAGUUCCUACAUCCUAAUGGCUCCUGUGUGGCGUGCCCUGUGUGCGGCCCUGGGGAAGAGCUGUCCGAGGACUGUGGUUUUGGAGAUGGCGGGGACGGAGUCUGCCUGCGGUGUGAGGGAGGGGCGUUCAGCCCGGAUACGGGGGUGUCUCCCUGCAGACGGUGCACCCGGUGUGCUCUCCUGAACCGCCUGCUGACCGCCGCCUGCUCGCCCACCGCUGACUCUCAGUGUGGACCGUGUCUCCCCGGAUAUUAUGAACUGAGGAGCAUGACUGGGGAGGUGGAGCUGCUCUGUGUCCCUUGUUCCGGUCAUGAUAGGGCCCGUGAAGAGUGUCUGCCUUUCACGUCUCAGGGCUCCAAAACACGAGUAAAAGGAGAAACGUUAUCCGUGGUUCUGAUUGGCGCUGCCAUCGCUUCGUUGAUGUUCCUCAUUGCUCUGCUGCUUUGGGUUUUCCUUCUGACUGCUGAGAGAUUUAAGCGGGCUUCCGGUCACUGUCCGGAACCUGAGGGACUACUGUCCACAGCAAAGCUUCAGCAUAAACCUCUGUCCAGCCACACAAGGAGAGCUGCAACUCAACAAGACGUCCCCUCUGAGACUGUGUCAGCCGAAGAGCCAACAAGAGGCUUAAACUCACUGAGCCAUGAGGGCGAGUUGCAUCCUACUUCCAUUGUGAUUAAUGUCACCACCAACAUCAAGCCCUGCAGCCAGAAUCAGGAAAGGAUCAUGCAGGAAGGAGCACAAAGCUUCUCCACAGAGGAGAUGGAGCAAAAACUGAAGACAAUAUGGGAGAUUGCUCAAGGUCAAAGCAUUGAGACGCUCGACUAUGACUCUAUCCAGGAUUUGUCCCUGUUGCUCGACUCGGCUGACAACAUCCACCUUUUAAAGAGACUGGGAUUGUCUUUGGGUGUCUCACCUCAAGUCAUCGCUCAUCUCCACAGCUUUCGGGACCUUUUUGAGUAUCUGCACACGUCCACCUACACACAUCUGCCCCAGCUCGCCCAAGCUGCUGCGCUUUUGCCAAAUUCUGAAGUUGUCUCAAGAAUACACAGCGCAGUGGUUAACAAGUGA